AACGCGGCGCGCUCUUUGCAAUUUGCAAAUUAUGAAUGAAUGUGGAAGCCAGGUCCACGGUCGGGAUUGCAACCCACCAGGAUGGAGGUACCUAUCCACAUCAAGAUAAAACUUGUGAAAUAUUGAGGCCGAACUUCGCGACAGAAGAGUUUGGAGGUUGGACUCAAUAUGGAAACAUUUAAGCUUCCUGGUAGGGACACCAGACUUAUCAAGCACAACGACACCGUGUAUAAAAUCAAGCUGGUUUACGACACCAAAGAGGCAGGAAGCAGUCUACCAUGUGAUGUCAAGUCAGUGCAACAAGAAAUUGAGGAAGCAAUCAGUGUGAUUCUGUCUGGUACCUUGACUCCAUUGAAGACUGACCAUUUCAUCAUUCACACAGAGAGAAAACAGUGGAAGCUGGCCUCGCACCUGACCUUCACUCACCACAACCAACGGCUGAAUGUCCAUGCCUCAAUGUUUACAUUGUACAUCCAGGCCAGGCAAGAUGUGGGUGCACAACCAAGAAAACGCCGGUCACAAUCCCCACAAACACAAUCAAUGAGACAAAAAGAACAGGCCUCUACACAAGCACGUCCCCUUGGUGCACGUAAACACACCAGGCGUUAUGAAGUAAAAGAGACACUUGCGUCUUCCCCUCCCAGGCCUAAGAAACCAAGAUCCUCGGACAAGCGCAUUCAAGACCAAGAAUUGGAGCAGCCUGGCCUGCCACACAGGCAGUACUCCUUACGCAAUAGAGACAGACUGCAUAGCCCUGAUAACAGAAAGCGAGAGACGACCAGCAGGUAUCAUUUCAGAUCCCAAGGCCAAGCGUCUCAGGCCAAGGAGUGUCAGGCAAGUCAAGAAAAGAAGCAGAGAGGAGAUAGCACAGGUAGUGAGGAUAGAGAUACCCAGCAGGGCAAACAGGACUAUGUCAGGAGGACAUCCAAACCAGAGGAAGCAGAGCCUAGGGUUGGAGCCACAGCUAGUGCACAAUCACCACCUGCCUACCCACAAGGUGGUGUGGUGCAGCAGGACGUACAGGUUCGUCAACUGGGGCGCCAUGAGGGUGAGCAGUACCAGCUGGAAGAGCAAAUGAGGCUACAGAGAUUAGCCGGUAACCCACAGCCUCCUGCAACUGCAGUGGCACAUUAUCAGCUCCGAUCAAGAGGACCAUUCCAACGAUUGGUGAAUGCUGUGCUUACCCCAGUCAAGAAUCUCUUUACAUGAAGUGCUGGAUAACCGGUGGAAAUCGGCACUACCUUCCAACCAGCUUCUUUUCAAAUGUUUACACUAUUAAUUUGUUUGUUUUGCCUGUCUGUUUAAAUUUUUACUGGAAUAUGUAUAUAUUUUGAGUUGCGGCAGUAGUAAAAGCAUUGCUGCAGUAGAAGGUUUCACAGACGUUUUGCUAAAGAUUUGGAGCUGCCUAUGUAAUUUGUUGUAAGUGACAGAAAUUUAAAGAAAUAAAUCUGAUGAAAUAACUCUUUUUUACAGAAUUUCUCUGACUUUGGAACAUUUGAUUUUUGUGUGUAGAAACGAUCACAUGAAGUUAAGUUCCUUUGUAUCAGAUGUACAGCAUGCUCAGCUGUGAGUGAACCUGUUGAUAAUAUCUUGUUUUGGUCAGUAGACACCUGGUCAUCGUUCCUAUUGUUUUUCUUUGAAAUGGUACACUAGUUAUUUCAGGUGUGUGAAAUCUCAGCUUUUAAGCUGUUUUCAGCUUUUUUUUGUUUUGGAUUUCAGCUUUUUUCAGCUUUUUCCCUCACUUGCUGUGUACAAAAGUAUAGGAGAUAUCCAAAGUUCAGCUUCUUUACACCUUUUUUCCAGCUAUUUUCAGCUAUUUUUAUAAGUGGUCACUCACACCCCUGUUGUUUGCACCAUAUUUUUUCACUGAUACAGUGUAUUGUUUUUGGACAAUGGAUUUGAUUACAACGUAUAUACCUUUCAUAUUGAUCAUAUCGAUAUUGCACCCAACAAUAUUGAAUACCAUGUACAUGUGCGCAUUUAAUUGUCAAAGUGGAUUUCAGGAGAGCUUUGUUACAGCUUAAUUUUAUUGUUUGGGGCUUUUUCAUCAAUUUCAGAGGUGUCCAAAUAAUUAUACAUGUUCAAAGUACGGUACAUAUUUGCACAUAUAUUAUUUGUGUGUUUUACAAUCUGUUUUGUAAAUAUUGUUAAAGCUUUUUUAAGUCAAGCACAUGUACAUGGACGACUUAAUAUGCGAGGAGGAAUCGCAAUUAAAUUUCCUUCCAAUUGCCACAUAUUGAAGUGGUUUUCUGGUA